AUGUCUGAAGGUGUCACAAAAAAUGAUUUGGCGGCAUUCUUCGGAACAAAAACGUGGAAUUCCGAGCAGAAUUCACUGUGGAAGACUAUGUCGGACCAAAAUAACAAAGGUAUGACGAGGGAUUACUACGCAAAAACUAAUCAAUCGUUGGUGCGGAAAAUUCGUCGGCUCGAGGUAAUAAUCGUACUUCAUAAUAUGGACGAACUUUCUCAAAAUCGGAAACUUGUUGAAGAAUUGCGAAAUGAAAAUGCGAUGCUCAGAAAACGUUUGGCAGAAAGCGAAGAUUUAGACAGUCCUGGAAGGAUCGAGGCUCUGAUCAAUGAACGGAUCAAGAAAAAGAUGGACAGACUGAAUUUUAUCAGCAGAAGAGCGAUUGCAGUUUUGAAUAGGAGCGCCUCCGAGUUGAAAAAUGUUUUCGAGGACUUUGGCGUAGAACUCCUGCCAGAGGCAAAUGGCUUGUUCGAGGAAGAUUGCGACAAGCAACUGAGGCUGUUAUCAAACACCAAGCCUCCACUAGCUCCCGUUUCUGAAUCGCCUCCACUCGUUACAAGGCAAGAAACGAUCUGUGAACGAGUUGCAAAUCGCGAAAAUGAAAUUGAAACUCCUGUGGCCACUCAUAUGGCUAAACGAUCUCGUCGGAGUGAACUGUUUGGUCGAUGUAACAACGCACGAACACAAGGUUACGAUGAAGACAGUUCCCCUCAGCAAUGUGUUGAUCUUCCCGAAAAGAGUGUUGAUUCUGUGGCGACUCCUUUGGUAUUGGUCAGACGAACAGGUCUGGAUACACCAGCUGUCGAGUGGACGGAAACGGACACGCAUAUUGACCUGUUGUCAGUCCAGCCCAUUAUGGGCAACUGCUUCAGUCUGAAACACAAGGAUAAGGGAAUUGGAGAUCAUCCAACAGUAACUAGAUGGUUAGCCAGCUGUGAUUUUUCGUCAGUGCCAGACGUCGAUGAUCUUCCUAGCGAAAUCGCUGGAAAGACCUCUUCAGACUGCGUCGUAUUCGAUAGUGUUUUGGGAGCGGAACAUAUAGAAGGUGAUUGUGAUGGUUAUAUUACCGCAUUAGAGAAUCUGGACAGCGAGGAAGGCGAUGGGAGCGGCGACACUGUAGAAGAACUAGCGCAAUCAUCCUGUGAUGACAAUCCACAACAAAACCUCUACGUUCAACUUGACGAUGAGAGUGUCUAUGAAACCUCUGAUGAGCAGGGACCGAACGAAAUCGAAAAGGCAGUUGAACUCCCUGAAAGCUUGUAUGUCACUCAAGUAGAGGAUGUGGACGGGGAAGAAGAGGAUGAUGUUGUUGACGAAAUGGCUGAGAAUCUUGUUUCUCCUCGAAUUGAUCUCGAAUCGCUAGUCGAUCGCAAGGGAAGGGUCCGUCGGUCGGAACGGGUACAGCUCUACUUGGAUGAAAAGCGACAGUUGUCACAGAGACUGUGA